CAAAAUAUUGUGCAACUCCAGCCAGAUACUGAGUCUUAGAUAUAGCUAGCUAUUACUGCUUACGUUGCCCACCGGUUCUUAUGCUCUGGUUUUUUUAAAAAAAAAAAAAACUUCAUGUCGGCUAUAUAAUCCUAUAAAUUUCUUUUAACUUUGUCCCAAAAAAUCCACAUUCUCCAUGACAUGACUUCGUUUUACAUGCAAACAACAGGUAUGCAUGUACAACUUUUGUUCAUAUAUACUUGUUGGAAAUAUUGUCCUAACAAUCCUAAUUUUCAUGUGUUUUUUUGUUUUUGUUUUUUGAGUGAUUUGGAAAUUUAAUGUUGUUAUUGUUGAAAAGAGACGGAAUAUUUGUCCAGUCUUUGUAGGAGACAUCUCUUUAUUUACUGAAGAAAUGAUCAGAAGGUACAUCUAUUUAGAUUUAACUCUCUAUAAAUACUUACCCCAUCAACCCAAAAAAUCAAACAUUGAUUUCCCUAAGAUUUUGAGUUUCCAUUAUUUCAUCCUUUUGAGUCUUUAUAUUUCAAUAUCUUCAAAAAUCUCUUGCCUAUUCACUUUAAUUAAAUUCUUAUAAAAGAAUUUUUGAGAUUUUGAAGUACAAUACAAGAUGCCUUAAGUGGUUUUUCAUAUCGUGGGAACAAGAUGUCACUUUAUUACUCGUACUUUAUGCCCUUAUUUCACUCCCUUCAAUAAUCUCUUGCCUGUCUAAAUUCUUACAAAAGGUUAGCAAGAUUUUAGAGUUUUUCGGAACUUCUAUCUACAGCACAAUAGAAGAUCUCUAAAGUGAUUUUUUGUAUCUUGAGAGCAGGACAUCGCUUUGUUAUUCACACUUGGAUAACGCCGAAGCGUCUUUCAUAGCGUGCCUUGACACGUUUGUUUCAUUUUCAUAGAUCAUGGCCAACCACUUGAUGAAUACUAGCAGAAACGGAGUUCAAAAUGAAGAGACAUUUCACAAAUUCUUCGAACAAUGGCUCGUCGAACAAAACCAAGAUUUGGAUCAGCUUGUGCGUGCCUCGAAAGACAACAACAACCACAGGAUCCUAUCACCUAUAAUUCAGAGAGUCAUGAAACACUACGAAGAAUAUUAUACAGAAAAAUCGCGAUGCGCUAAUGUUGAUGUUUUGGGCAUGUUGCAUCCAUCAUGGAGAAGUAAUCUUGAAGACGCGUUUUUAUGGAUCGGAGGGUGGAGGCCUAGUAUGGCUUUUCACUUGUUGUACUCGAAAUCUGGUAUCCAACUUGAGGCAAAUCUUCAUGAGUUAAUCAGAGGAUUUAGAACUGGUGAUUUAGGAGAUCUUAGUGGUAGCCAACUUGGGAAAAUUGAUGAGUUGCAAAAUAAGACAAUAAGGGAAGAAAAAAAGUUAAGUGAAAAUUUAGCAAAAGUUCAAGAAAGUGUGGCUGAUACAUCAAUGGUGGAAUUGUCUAAUGUAGUGAGUGAAAUGAUGAGGGAACAAAGAGGACAAGUUGUUGAAGAAGAAGAAGAAGAAGAAGAGAAAAUCAAGACAAAUAUUGGUAAAAAAGAGGAAGGUUUAUUGGAUGUGUUGAGAAAAGCUGAUGAUUUGAGGCUAAGGACACUUAAAGAUAUUUUGAGAAUUUUGACACCAACUCAAGCUGUUCAUUUCUUGAUUGCUGCUGCUGAGCUUCACUUGAGGAUUCAUGAAUGGGGUAAGAAAAAGGAUGCUAGUCAUGCCAGACAAUAAAAUCGGAACGAUACAGAGAAGAUCAGCAUGGCCGAUGUGCAAGGAUGACAGGCAUAAAUUGAGUACUAUAUUAUGAAGUCGGAAUCGUGAAGAGAAGAUCAGCAUGGCUGCUGCAUAAGGAUGACAUGCACAAAUCAAGAAAUAAUAGUAAGAAUAGUAGUACUUAUGAAUAUUGUUACUGCACAAGGAGUUAAUGGUAUUACUACUAAUUUAUUAGGUUCUAGUAGGAUGAAGAUCUUUUAGACCCUUUUUUUGUUCAUUUCUGUGUAUGCACAACCAUGAUUAGUUAAGAGUAUUAAAGAUCUUUUAGGACUUC